UCAUUUCCCCAAUUUACGACUUUGCUCGCGACUUGUUCUCCCGAGGGCAAGCAACAUUACAGGCUCCAAAGAUUUAAGUUCCGCGAGUUCCUGGUCAUGCAUAUCAUUCAAAUUGAGGACCGCUCGCCUUCGUCGGACAGUCAGUCCCCUCUGGAAUCCCGAUCGUUCUCUGAACUAAAACUAGGUACAACUUGGUUCGAUAUGUUCAUGGCAGCAAGAUGCAGCUCAUUAAAAUAUUGGCCGCCCUCUCAGGCAUCACCUUGCGAAUGGUGAUGGUAAAUGCCAAACUCGACGCCCGCGAACAGGAUGGAAAGUAUGUGCUGGCCAAUGACCGGCUUUAUACCGAGAUUGACAAGACAAACGGUGUCAUGACGGCCGUGAAGCUAGAUGGGAUGGACAUGCUCGGAAGACCAUCAGGGUCCACCGGUCGAGGGCCGUACUUGGAUUGCUACUGCACACCGUCGGGCUUCUGGACGCCAGGGACUCAUCGACCAGAAUAUGCCUUCUGGAGCGACAAUGCCACCUGGGCCGGCGUCAGAAUGCGAGAUACGCAUCAAGACACGGGCCAGAUUAUGGAACAGUACUGGUUCAUCCGUGAUGGUGAAACUGGCUUGCAUACUUUCUCAAGGGUGGCAUACUACAACGAGACUCACCCUUUUCUGAGAAAUUUGCAGGAGUUGCGGACGCUGUUUAGGCCCAACACUGACAUAUACACCCAUCUUGUCACGAAUGAACGUCAAUUUGCUCCACUUCCCGGAGCAGAGGCUAUUAAGAACCAGGUCGUCGUUCAAGAUGCUACCUGGUGGCUCGGAAAUACUCCCAGUGAUGCUUAUGUACAGAACGAGUCGGACUACUUUACCAAGUACACUUUCAUGGAUGUUUGGAAGGAUCACAAAGCUCACGGAAUGUUCGCUGACGGCACAAAAACCCCUGAUAAUACCACCUACGGCGCCUUUCUCGUCCACAAUACGGUUGACACAUACUUUGGAGGGCCUCUGCACUCUGAUCUGGUGGUUGAUGGGAUUGUGUACAACUAUAUGGUGUCAAACCACCAUGGCGAACAGACUCCAAACAUUACCAAUGGAUUUGACCGUACUUUUGGCCCAUCCUUUUUUUACUUCAAUCAUGGCCCUUCGGGGGCUUCAUUACACGAUUUGCGACAGGAUGCCGAACAAUACGCCGACCCGACUUGGAACGCCGACUUCUACGAUGCCAUUGCUCCUUUUGUUGCAAAUUACGUCCCGACUUCCAACCGCUCAACCUUUCGACUUCACGUAGAUCUCCCUGGAGGUGCUCAAAAUCCCGUGGCAAUUCUCACCGAGAACAACCACUACCACCAAGAUAAUGUCUAUGACACCAAGGCUCUGCAAUACUGGACUCAAAUAUCAGCCAAUGGCGACGCUUCUAUUCCCAGAGUUGCACAUGGUAGCUAUCGGCUUACCAUAAUAGCUGACGGGAUCUUUGGUGAUUAUGUCAAGGACAACGUUGUCGUCUCACCUACUACUCCACGCACACAAGCCCGCUGGCGUGAGGAGUCAGCCGGCACCGAGAUAUUCCGCAUCGGAACGCCUGAUAAGAGCAGUGGCGAGUUUAAGCACGGCUACGAGCCGGACAAGACUAAGCCCCUGCAGCCAGAGCAGUAUCGGAUCUAUUGGGGAGCCUAUGACUUUCUGGAGGAUUUUCCCAACGGGGUAACAUACAAGGUAGGGGAGAGCAAGGAGAUCGAUGAUAUGAACUAUAUUCAUUGGAGCGUUUUUGGAGGCCGCGGGAAUCAUCGUCGGCCCGAACCCUACCUUGGAAACGGAGACGUUAACAACUGGACCAUCAAGUUCGACAUCAACGAAGAAAAGAUACAGAAGAAGAGGGAGGCUACCUUCACGGUCCAGCUUGCGGGAGCAAAGACGGCAGCAGGCAACACAGAUGUUUUCAACGCCAGCGAACCUCAUGCCAACUUGGCGUACACUGUGAACGUGAACGGCGCCGAUCUCGCCCCCUGGAUUAUCCCAUACUACCAUUCGAGCUCCUGUGGUGUAAGGUCGGCAGUCAUUUGCUUCAACCUAGCACACAAGUUCACCUUUGACCCAACCCUUCUCAACGCCGGCGAGAACGAGAUUGUAUUGAGCCUGCCAUAUGCCGCGCAGAACUACGAGUCUGCACUACUGACAAGCUCGGUUUACGUACAAUAUGACGCAAUGAGGCUGGAGAUCCGGUGAAGAUGAAAAAGUAAAUACGGCCGGUCAUGUACCGCUUUUUGGGAGUUUGAUAUAAGCAGGUGAUCAGCCGCGUGGCAUUCAUUGUUUGGUCUUUGGCAAAGGGCUUAAUCGUUUAACCGACCACACAUGUUCAAGAUACAUCGGCUGCUGUUGUUGUGCACGCAUUUGCAGCUGUAACUGCAACUUUGAUCAAAUAAAAUGUCCCAUGACUCAGAGCUUGGACGCGGUUGUCCCACUGGACUUUUGAAUAACA